AUGGGUAAUGCAAUAUAAAAAUCAGGAUUAAAAUAUCCAGAGAGUGUAAAAGAAUUAAAAAAUUAAAAAUGUGGAAGUGCUAAAUCAAGGAAUAAAAAGGAUAUCAAUAUGACAUAUACACAUAAAUACACAAAAGAUCAUUCAAAAUAUGGAAAAUCUCUUACUAAAGAUUCUGAAUCUUCUUCAGCAUGUAUCUCAUUUAUUAAAACUGUAUAUCUUUUUGUAGAAGGUUAAAUAUCUGGAAGUAACUAAAGCUUACAAAAAAAGAGAAUUAUAAAUUUCUCUUUGAGAGGAAAAAUCUUCAGAUGA